AUCUCCCGCGCUGACACUUAUCCAUCCAAUACGCCAGUCAUUCUGUCGACUGGACCUCUCCUUGUUCCACGAUCGGCCGGAGAAGUUUUGGCAUCAGAUGGAAGAUGGAUCUAGGGUCUUCAGGCUGCUCUUGGUGUUUGUGUUCUUCACAUGGGUGUUGGCACCGAUCAGGGUCGGAACUGGGCCGACCGAGUUUUAUUUCAUCCCUGGCUACAACUUCACGCUGAUUGUCAAGUUUACACUGGAGCCAAAGGACACCAUCUACAGUGGCACUUGGAAAAAAGACAACGGGAGGAGAGAGAUUGUGGAAUGCCAACUUCAUCAGAAGAACAGCUGGAGGGAUACAACCAAAGAGCAAGGGAAUUGCGUACUGCAGGAAGCUAACAUAUCGCUAACGCUGAGAAACUUUCUUCCUGAAGAUGUGGGGAAUUAUAGCCUCGAACUCGUCUCAGAAGCGGGUGAAACGGAAAACGUUCAGUUUACAGCCAAACUCUACGAAUCUGUUUCUACACCCAGUAUUGAAUGGAAUGAGCAGUUCAAUAAAGGCAGCAAUCAAACCUUCAUAUGUAAGAUUGAAAAAGGAACAUAUCCACAAUUUAACUGGGAAAAGGAUGGUGAAACACUGACCAAUGAUAGCAGACACUCAAUAUCAGAAAAUGGCAUUAUUUUGACAAUUACUCAUAUUAACGAAUCUGAUUGUGGAUUUUACAAAUGUGUCAUUAAGAAUGACAGAAAUCAGGAGGAGAAGCAAUUUAAUAUAACUAAUGAAAAAUACAAGUUGUGUCAAGAAGACACGUACCAUGUCCCGAGUAAUGUGUGCUGCAUAAUUGGUUUGCUAGUUCUUUGCCUAAUAGGUUGUGCAGUUUGGAAGAUACGCAAAUGCAAGAGCAGCCAACAGCAGGUCACCCACAGGCACCUGUGUGGAGAUGUUCCUUCGGAAUGUUCAUGAACUUGUUGAACAUCCAGACAAAAGAAACCCAGUCUAUAACAAAUCAAGUCUGCAGAUCUGCAAAUGCUGUUUACAUUUACCGGUAACUCCAGAAAUCAAGCAAGAUACGAACCUACAUGCCCGGAUUUCAUGAAGGCUUGGUAUUCAUCAUCAAAACAGUUGUCAAACUGGCAACUUACAAUUUUAAAAAAAAAAAUAUCCCUUAACUGUAUCUCUCCGUGUGAGUGAAAGUUCAUAAUGAAAGACAAUAUGACUUAUGCCAUAGAUAUUAAUUGG